GAACAGUGGUUCAGUAGUUUUUCAGUCAGUUAAUAGAGUAGACGAUGUACAUAAUAUAAUAUCAUUACACACGACGUUGUUUUAAGUAGAAGAUAAAAUUAUAAAACAAUAAUUUGUUACCUUUUCCGCGUAAUAGUGAGGAGAACGUAUUAUGUAUAUUCUAUAUACAUAGUAUUAGUACAUAGGCUCAUAUUUAUUGGAAUUUUUUUUCCACAUAACCUCGAUUAUCGCGACGAGUACGAGAAGUCUUCGCGAUCGAGAUUACCUAUCUUAUAUCAACUAACCGAAUAACUCAAUAUCUUAUAAGCUAUAUUCACAUACUACUACUUACAUAUUCCUUCGAGCUGCAGUAUAAUGGCUGAUGAUCUGGAAAAAUACAUUGACAGUUACUCCAAACGACGGUGGCAGGUUUUCGUCUUGUUGUUGAUGGUCGGCACUCCUGGGAUAUUCAAUGCCAUACAGCUAUCGUCGUACGUGUUCCUAGUCGACAAACCUUCGUACUGGUGUGAUAUACCGGAUCUAACAUCGGCAGAUAACCCACCAUGAAUCAAGUAGAUACAUAUUAUAUACUUACGAUAUCCGCUGUAUAGAUAUUGACGGUAUAAUAUAGGCACCUCCGUUUAUAAGUGUAUUUAUCGUUGGGAUAAAACUAUACAAAGUGAGUACAAAAUAUCAAAAGUUUAACUGAUUUGAGAAGAAAAAUUCCAUCAUAAAUUACCUACGACUAGCCAGAGCCUACGACUGCACGCAAUUGUGCAACUCAAUACGUGGUGAUCAGUGGCGAGUGGCUCAAGUGCAGAACAGUACUUCAUAUGUGUAUUUUAAAUGCGAUUUCAAAUAUUCCCAUUAGAUUUUUAUCGUACCCUUCAAAUUUAUUUAUUUUGUUAAUUAUCUAUCUACAUUCUACAUAUAUCAAUAAAAUAGGUAUUAUAAUAAUGUGACACAAGGGCGUAUUUCUGGGGGGGGCGAUGGGGCGAUCGCCCCCCCCCCCAGAGCCUCUGUUUUUAUUUCUAUUUAAUAGUACCUACUUUAAUAUUUUCGUAAUUAUAUGUAAUUAUGAUACAAAAAGUGUACACCGAAUAAAGUAAAAUAAUUAAACAUUUUAGAAUAGCGCUCUUAGUUGUUUAAAUAGGUUAACAUAUACAUUUUUGUAUUUUUGGUUUUUUUUUUUAAAUUGUAUCAAUAAGUCGCCCCCCCUUGAAAAUAGGGCCAGAGACGCCCUUGAUGUGACAUCAUGGUCGAGUUUGCUUUUUGAGUAACAAUGAUCUUUAAUUUUUGUUGCUUAACACAUGACCAGUUUUUGAAUUGACUCCAUCUGCGAUGGUUAACACCUGGACACAAAUGCCCAUGAACGAUUUUUCAUUUUUUUUUUUUUGUAUAGACAUUGUUUUUAUGAAAUUUUUAUUUAUUUCUUACAAUUAUAUUUAAAUUUAUAAUUCAAAUAAAAUCAAAGCCAGAGUGGAUUUAGAUUAUUGUUAACAUUGAUAUGAUUUUUUAUUAUAAUGCUAAAUCGCCAAGGGAAAAUUAUUGUAAUAAACUCCUUUUACACAUUUUAAACCAAUUCUGACACUGCUAUUAUAAUAAUUAAUACUUACCAACUCAAUCUCACAGAAAAAUAUGAAAUAAUACUGUAACUACGUGUGGCGUACAAACACAAUACGCACUUUAUAAUCGCUUGAUAUUAUUUUUAGGCAUCAAAAUUAUUCAUCAAACAAAAUUGAAGAAUGUUCUUAUUACGAUCGAAAUUAUUCAAUAUUUGCCAAAAAUGGUUACAAUUGGUCAAUGAAUAAUUUAGAAACUGCCUCUUCUAAACCUUGUCAGUAUUAUAGAUAUAGUAACAGAGAAUCUGUUGUAACUGAAUGGGAUUUAGUUUGUGAUAAUGUAGCGAAGAAGUCAAAUAUUCAAGCAGUUUUGGCUUUUGGAAAGUUUAUUGGUGGACUAUUAUUUGGUUCAAUUUCGGAUAUUUAUGGCAGGAAGUUUGCUUUUAAUUUGGCAGCUUUAAUUUACAUGUUUUCGGGACCGUCUGCUGCCCUAAUUGAUUCAUAUGUAUUAUUUUUAUUCGCAAGAUUUUUGAUCGGUGUUGCUGGAUCUGGACUUUAUGAAACAUCGUAUACAAUAUUAACUGAGCUGACAAGUGGUAAAACUCGUACACUGCUUUGUCUUUUAAUGAAUAUGUCGUAUCCAAUUGGUUAUAUUUUGACAUCAAUUAUUGCUUAUUAUAUACGGCCCUGGAGAAAGUUACUUUUGGUUUUGUCUUUACCCAUAUUCGGAUUGUUGAUACAAUGCUGGUUUCUACCUGAAUCUCCUAAAUGGUUGUUGUCUCAAGGUAGAAAAAAGCAAGCAUUGAUGACAAUGGCUAAACUUGUUCCUUCUGUAGUUAACACGGAUAUUGAUAAUAAUGACAAAGAUAAUGUACAAAUUAAGAUGACAAAAAAGAGUAAUGGAAAAUGUAUGGAAUUUUUGUCAGCUUAUACGUCAUUGUUUUCUACUCUGGAUUUGUCAGCUAAAACCGUUAUUUCUUUAUUUUGUGGAUUAUCUUGUGGCUUAUCGUAUUACGUUAUUGCAUUGAAUGGGGAUAAUAUAACUGCUGAUCGUUACGUUUAUGUUGCUUUAAGCGGAAUUUUUGAAGGUGUAUCAUACGUAUUUACUGUUCCUCUAUUAAUUUAUGUUGGACGCAAGAAAGCAGUUUCAUGUUUAUUUUUCUUAUCUGGAAUAUUGCAACUGAUAUUAUUUGCGAUUCCACAGGAAAAAGUAAACAUUUUAUUAUGCGUGACCUUAGUUGCAAGAUUUUUCGUAAGUGCCUUAUUUUCAACCAUUGUACUCUUCAUAUCAGAGUUAUAUCCAACUAUAAUCAGAAAUACUGGUAUCGGAAUGUUAUUGACUUUUUCUCAAAUCGGAUCUAUUAUUGCACCAUAUAUAGUUGAUAUUUUGGGAGCUAAAGCGUGGUAUAUUCCAAGUACAGUAUGUGGAGCACUUAGUGUCUUUGUUUCAAGCUUGAUUCUGAUGUUGCCCGAGACAAGGAAGACAGUAUUACCAAAUACUUUAGAAGAAAUGAAAAACAUUAAUUCUGUCAAACUUAGCAAUUGUUUUAAAUUUUGAAUGACUUUCUUAGAUUUAUUUUUUUCCUUGUACGACAUUUUAUUUGUAUCAGAACUCAUUUUUAUUGACAUUAAAUCUUUGGAAUUUAAUAGAUAAAUGUAUUAUAUUAUAGUUGUUUAAAUUGUUUUAUUUGCGUGACGUGACAGAUGGAAAAUAAUAAUGAUGCAAUACAUUUGAAUAAUUAUUUAUUUAAAAAAAUAUAUAUUAUCUAUACUAGCUACCUAUACAUUUAUUACUGCUGUAAAUAAAUAUUUAUUGUAUAAUUA